GAUCAUCUGAAGAUACUCGAAUCAUGAGGCCAACGCUGAAUAAGUCAAAAGGCAUAGUCAAGAUUCGUAUCCCUCUCCCAAACGGUUCUUCACAAGAUGUCGCAAACGCAGAUCAGUUUACAAAGAGAAGAGAGAGGUUUGGUUCAUUUGUCUCAUAAACAUGGUGUUCUUCUUCAAACCCUCCAGAGCAAAUCUUGGACCACGAGGCUACUGGGAGUGGUACCAGGAUGGGAAAAAAUUGCAGCUCUUUAAUGCAAUAAAUGGUCAGCCCCAGACUUGUAAAAGGAUUGCCCAACUUUACGCUGCAGCAGCCAGACACAAGAACAUAGCAGAGACUUUAAUAAGGCGCAGUAAACGAUCCGCGGCUCUUGCUCUAACUGAACAGGCGAGGGCCAUAAAAUCUUCUGCAGAUAUUGCUCUACCUCCUAAGAAACUUACAAGGAGUGAGUUCUGGGCAGCAGUCGUGCAAGCUCCUGCAGAUAUCAGCACACCAUCUGAGAAUCAUCCAGGGAGGGAAUCAGCGACAUCCACAUAAAAUUCUACAAACCCAAUUCCUCCUCAAACCCGUGCAAGGAAGGAUUUUUGGGCCGUUUGUUCGAACUAAGGUAGAACAUGGUCACUUGCUGCGUAUGGAUUUCAGAUUCGGUGUUUGAGUGAAGAGAUGGUCAUCAUGGGAUGUUCAGUAUCGAAUUCACGAGUCGCUGCGUGGGGCGUGUGUUUGGAUAGCUUAGUUAAUUGGUAUGAGUAAUAAGUACGGGAGUUUCAUUUUGGAGGUCCAGCGGGGUUCUGAUUGAUAUUCUGAAUUCUGCUUGCGAUGAGAGGGGUGAACUUGGGUCAGAAUACUGUUAAAGCAUUAUCGUGUAUCAUGCGCAGGAUUCUUAAUAUUUCUUGAAAAGACAUCGCGUUGCGGGGAAGUCCUUUCAGAGGGGUAGCGAACCUAUAUUAGACAGCGGUUGAUGGAAUUGCUUUCGGCGAUUUAAACCUGGAUUUUUUUAUCUUUGAAUAAAAGAGCA